UGUGUUUGUCUUCAACAAACAGCAUCUGUAUAAACAGUAUCUUCUCUGGUAUAUACACACCACACCACACCACACCCCAACUCAACACAACUCCUAGCCAAAAAGGCCUUUUCCCAAUUGUUGAAAAUGGUCUCCAAGGAUACAUCAAUGGCCUCCCUAGCCACCCAAAUAUGCACCCACAUAUCCUCAAUCUUCACCAAACCCACACACCCGUACCCACAACCCUUAGACCUCAUGGUAACCGAGCUCACUGCCACAUCAUCCCAAAAGGGCCGUGUCUUCCUCUACGGAGUGGGCCGAGAGGGCCUAAUGCUAAAAGCCCUUUGCAUGCGCCUAGCCCACUUGGGCCUCUCGGCCCACUUAGUCUUCGACAUGACAACUCCACCUAUAUCCGCCACCGACCUCCUCAUAGCCUCUGCUGGGCCUGGAGGGUUCUCCACCGUCGACGCCAUAUGCCACGUGGCGAGAUCCAACGGCGCCAGAGUCUUGCUCCUAACGGCCCAGCCCGAGACUGGUUCGUGCGUUAAGCACGCUAGCGUGGUUUGUUACGUUCCAGCGCAAACCAUGGCGGAUGAUGAGGAUGAUGGUGACGUGGCAAAAUCUAGGCCGUUGCUUCCGAUGGGGAGUGUGUAUGAGGGGGCUUUGUUUGUGUUGUUUGAGAUGGUGGUAUAUAAAUUGGGUGAGGUCCUGGGUGAGAGCACUGAAGCCGUCCGAUCACGCCACACCAAUCUAGAAUGAGAGUAUAAUAGGGUCUGUUUGGCUGAGCUCUAUGCUUUUGCUUUUGGCCAUUUUGGCCUUAUGUUUAUCAAAAUUAAUAUAUUUUAAAAUAAAUGCAUAUGGAUAAUGUAUGGAAAAGAACAAUCUCUGUAGUUUCCUAAAAUAAUAAUAGUAAUAGCUGGUUUUCAUUUUU